GCCCAAAAGGAGACAAAGGAGCAUUCCUACCCAUCCCCCUCCUCACUAGUUCGGACAGCAUCAAGAGAAAGGGAGAAAGAACCUCUACAACUUCAUCUUCCAUAGCAAAAUUCGAGAUGAGCUCAAACAAGGAAGUUGGGAGGAAGUUAAAGAAGGAAAAAGCUAGGAAAAAGUGUGAAAAUUAAGGAACUUGAUUUAAAGUAUUUUUGAGCGUCUCCGGAGUUUCGUCGGAGUUGGUCAAAGUUCGUCGGAGUUGGUCAAAGUUCGCCGGAGUUGGUCAAAGUUCGUCGGAGUUGGUCAAAGUUCCAUCGAGGAACGUAGAACGCGCUUAAGCUUAAUUAAGUUUCAGGUAGAACUUGAAGGUUGCUACUAUCAGCCGCUGUUUCGGGAAGUUUCUGAGAAGAAGACUUGAAAUGGAACCCGUUGGAAGGAUCACUAGAAGGAACCCGUUGGGCCAUACCCAUUGGGUCUCGGAACCAGACGCAUCUCCGGUUAACCCUCCCUGCGGUAAUUGCGAACCGCACACAAGUCCGUUGUCUGCCGUGACACUGCGCUGUCUCCGUCAAAUCCAGACGUAUCUCCGGUUAGUGACGCGAGGUGGAGUGUCCUAUCCGCAAUUUCUUUCCAGGUCUGGCUUGUGCAUGCUUCACAGAAUAUGGCAGAAGUACUUCGGUAUCCAUUUGCAUUACAUGGCUAUGAAAAGGGUACCCCUUUACUGUACCCGAAAGACUCCCUCUCAAGCCUCAAAAGUAAAGUUGUGGUUAGUGAUGGAAGUUCUCUCAUUGCUUCAAGACCCAAAAAGAUGCCAUCUUUAAGAGUCACUGGCCUCGAAAUGCCUGUUUCUAAGGGCUGGUUGGAGAUUCUCAGAGUAAAAUGUGUAAUUAGGCGCAAAGAAUCUAGCGUACAAUCUAAUACUGUCAGUGUUCAAUUUGACUCAUCCUGUGGAGUGAAGAACGCCCCUGCUCAUAAUGAAAAAGAAGGAUCACCUGAAAAUUUGCUUCCUUUCAGGAGCUCAGUGUUCAAAGAAUUACAUGUUAGGGCUGGGGGUGCUAAUCUAAGUGGAAGUAAGGUGUAUUACUUGGAUGAAAGAAAUGAAGACGUAUUAUCGAAAAGGAUUUUGAAACUAUGUCGGCUAAACAAGGUUAGGAGUGCAUUAGCACUUUACAAAUCAAUGAUAUUUACAAGUAUCAAGCCUAAUUCACAUGCUUGCAAUUCCCUUCUUUCUUGCAUCUUAAGGAAUGGUAGUCUUGAUGAUGCUCUUGAGGUAUUUGAAUCCUUGAAGGAGGGUAAGAUGACUACUGCUCACACUUAUAGUUUAAUUCUCAAGGCAGUUGCUGAAGACCGGGGGAGUGAUGCUGCAUUGGAAUUGUUUGAGGAAAUAUGUAAAAAUGACUGUGCUGCUAGCAACGGAUUUGAUGUCAUUGUCUAUAACACAAUGAUAUCAGCUUUUGGGAAACUAAACAAUUGGGUUAAUGCUGAAAAGUUUUGGAGAAUUUUGCAAAACAAAGGUCUUAUAGGAACAACAGUGACGUACAGCGUACUAAUAUGCUUAUUUGUCCGCUGCGGUAAGAAUGAACUAGCUGUUGAUGCAUAUAGCGAGAUGGUUCAAAAUGGAUUAACGCCAGGAGUUGAUGUAAUGCAAGCAAUGGUUGGAGCAUGUAUGAAGGAGGGAAACUUUGACAUGGCAUUUUCUAUCUUUCAGAGUAUGUUGAACAGUGGCCUGAAGCCAAAUGCAAAAACAUGCAAUGCAGUGAUUAACUUACUUGGGAAAGCAAGAAAACCCAAGCUUGCAUUCAAGGUUUAUGAUCUCAUGAAAUUGUUAGGUCAUGUGCCAGAUUCAUACACAUGGAACUCACUUCUUGGUGCCCUGAACCACGUGAAUCGACAUGCUGAUGCACUUCAAUACUUUGAGAGAAUCAGGAAACAGCAACCAGAAAUCCUAAGCUUUCAUAUAUACAAUACAAUUUUGAUAUCUUGCCAAAGACUUGGGUUGUGGGAAAAAGCAGUGGAACUACUAUGGGCGAUGGAGGCGUCUGGAGAUUCUGUUUCAACAUCCUCAUAUAAUCUUGUAAUUGGUGCUUGUGAAGUUGGAAGAAUGCCAAAGAUCGCAUUGCGAGUUUACAAACACAUGGUUGACCAGAAUUGUUCUCCUGACCUAUUCACUCUGCUGUCUGUGAUGAGAAGUUGCAUCUGGGGUUCCCUUUGGAAUGAAGUUGAGGAUAUAUUGAAUUGCUCUGCGCCAAAUGGAUUCUUGUACAAUGCUGCGAUUCAGGGGAUGUGUCUGACAGGCAGGAUUGAUCUUGCUAGGAAGGUGUAUAUAAAGAUGCAUCAGAAUGGUCUCAAAGCUGAUGGUAAAACAAGGGCUCUAUUGCUGCAGAACUUACCGAAAGAUCUCAAGCGAUAACAGGUUGCAGGCAAUGUAUGUGCUCUCUAUAUGUGUCAAGUUACAUGCCACAAUAAGUUAAGUAAGGCUGGACCCUCUCUUUGAGCCAGUGAGGAUUGUCAGAGGAGAUCAGUGAUUGCAGCCCAUGAGUUUUCUAUAUCCACUAUAUGUCCUGAGGCUUGAUGGAUUUUUGUUAUUUGCUUAUUACCUGGCAAUAGUAAAUAAGCAUGAGGAUCAUAUUCAUAGUUUGCUGUUGGAGAAAACCAACAAUGAGCAACAGAUAUCUGCUGCAAGUUCUGUCAAUUGUUCAGCUUCACAGUGUUAUGGAAAAUGAAAAGGUGAUUGGAGGAAAUUGGAGAAAUUACUACAGUGAUUGCCAGACACGAACACAGUGAUUUAGUGUAUUUGUGAAGCUCACAUCAUUGGUGAAUAGCUGUAAAGCCAAAAACAUACAAAGUAUUAAUAGGGUAUCAAACCGGUUUUAAACCAGAACAGAAACGGUUUGGGACCAAAACUAGAGAUGGCCCUAGUUACGAGUAACCAUAUUUGGGGACCGGGAACCCGCCAGUCAGAACAGGACCGGAACCAGGACCUGUCCACCCAUAGUCUUCUCUCAGGAUUGGCCUCUGCAAGCUCAUCUUCAACAUUCUGCUAGAUUGUUCUCUGCACAGGCCUGGCUCCAUUGCUUGGGCCAAAACCAAGAUUCUCUAGGAGUUCGCCUCAGUGAGAUGCAACUUCAUUUUCUUAUAGGUUGAUCACUUCUUUAGUCGCUACAGCUGGAAAACAAAGAACCGCAGAAGUUGGAGACAAAAAUACAGGUAGUCAAUGGAUGCUAGGGAUGGAGUUGGUUUGGAUUCCAGACUGACCAAUUCUACCAUUCUCUGUAACUGGGCUGGGAACAGGUACGGGCCCGGGUCAGUUUAAUGCAUCCUGCCCCCGGGUCAGUCCCCGACCAACUUUUACUCUCUAAAAAAACCAGGACUAGAACCAGAAUCGGGAGGCGGGAGCUUGUUUGGGCCUUCAUUGGAGGAACCAGAAGCAAGUUUGGCUUGGUUGCGACACCAGUCCUGGUUUGGAACAAAAAAUACAGGUGCCCAAGCAGGUUAAAGCACCAACCAGUCCCGGUACAAUUUCAAAACCAAGACCGGGUGCAUGACUAAUGAUUGCCCAGUGCAACCAUAAAAUAUCUGUAUGUUGAGUGCAUACUAAUAUGUUGUGCUCACAGCCAAGAAGCUGGAAUACUUUGAAUUCAUCAACCCUAUUGAUGAGGGAGCUGUUUGCUCUUGCAGACUCCACUAUUCGCUUUGUGGUUUCAUAGGAAACCUUGUCUGGUAAGUUGUCGUCAUCUUGCAACCUGGUUCUCAGGUCCCUAAUGUCCUUAUAUAUCACUAACUAGGAGUUAAUAGUGAUUGUUUCAUGCCAUGACUUCCUUCUCGCAUGUUAAAUUGUUGUUUCCUACCAAUUUGUCCUCCACUAUGUCAUGCAUCGCUUUCGAUAUUAAUUGUUAUACCAAUUUAUUCCAUGGCUUUGAUCAUGGCUCUUUUGGUUCCAAGCUCUAAUAUCUCUCUCUUUCCAAUUGAAUAAUUGAUUGAGAUUCAUCCAAUGUGUUUGGUUGAAUAUCACAGAAGAAUGUUGUACGACUAAUUUGUGCAAUGCACCUCUAUUACAAUGUUUUUUUUCAAUCGAACAAGUUUUUGCCCACAA